AUGCUGAUCGUCGCCUGCCUCGGCCCUGCGGGGCGCGGUUUUGGGGUCAGUACAGGCAUCUGUUGUUGUGAGAGGUCCAUCGCUGGAUACGAAGGGGCUCCAGACUCAACUCAGCGGUCUGGCCGAAGCCGGGAGAGAGGGCUGCCAUGCCAACAAUGUCAAUCGAGACUUUAUCUUAAAGGAAGGGAAUCAGGGGGUCCCAUAAUCUCUGACGCCUCACGGUCGAGGCCGAGGCGAAUUUCCCUUGCAGAGCCGUUUCAGGGCUGCUGUAUCCGCCAUUGUCACAAGUGUCAAUUGUCCAGGACGAAGCAACGCCGCAAACAGCGUGAUGAAGGACAGUCUGAGGUGCUAGUGCUUUCACCUCGAGCUUAUGUGAACGCCACUUCAAUGUUCGCUCGUUCACUUGGGUACUUCUGGACGGACGUUCUGUAUAUCAUGGGUUGCCGCUUCUGCGGACAUCGGCCUCACAUGUGGCGUGAGAGGCUUGGACACCAUGCCCUGCAGACCCUCGCGAAUCUGAGCUGUCUGGUGAGAGGGCCAGGACUUGAAGCCCGGCGAUGCACACUGGCCUUUGCCUACAUGGCAGAGGCCUCGUCUGUUCCGUUGAGAUUGCUGGCUCUGGCUCGACGAGCCAACGCAGGAGAUGCCGUUCUCGGAGCCUUGAGGGUGUGCACCCUAUGGGUCUUCGGGCUGUCGCGCAUACUGAACGGCGCCUUCUGCAUGUCUCUGCUGGUUGCCUCUCGCCAUCAUGUUUCCGAAAGAAUGUUGAUGUUGCAGCUGUCGGGCGGUGCUGCGGCUUAUGCUGGUGUCACAGAGCCAGAACAAGUGAGCACUCGCCCGUUGCAUCUAGGCUUCACCAUGCAAGCACUGCAAACGCUGUCGCAGAAAGAGCAUGACAAGACGGUGGCUGAAUACGUGGCUGUGAUGAAGCAGCUGGACGAAGCACUCCAGGCGACGGAGGGCAAAGACUGGGCCGAAAAGCAUGGAGUCAAGGAUAAGAUCGAUGCUCUGUACAAGGAAGCACCACUGUCUCUGCUCAGCAAGUCUGUUGAGCCAGGCCAUCAGCUUGGACUUCGGCAGAGCUUGGACCUGGCUGCAGAAGCAGCCGCGCGUCUCAGGAAGCUGCGGUCAACGCUCUCUUGA